AUGUCUGAGGAGCAUCAUAUUGUCAAGGCCGAUGAGGUGGACCAAACUGGCACCGAUAUUUCCCCUGUUUCUGACGAUCAACUGAUGGAGGAGGUUGCGGAGGAAAUACGACAAGAACAGGCCCAAGAGCAAGCCUCUGAAAGGACGGCUGUCGAGUCUGAGAAUACGCCAGCUGCGCAGAACACCAAAAGACCUGAACUACGUCGCGAUAACUCUGCGGCACCCCCACCCCCGCUUCAACCCCCUCCUCCAGCCCCGAUACAACAGAACGGGGGACCCCCAGGAUUCCCUUAG